CGUAAACCUCAGUGUAGAAGCGCAAUGAGUUGACAGGUCGGGGAUACAUUUUGAUGGUGGAACUUUGCUCUUCACCCCACCGGCCAGCAGUGUGUACAUGCUGCUGAGUCCACCCUCUGUUAAGAUUGGCUGCUCAACGCCUGGAUUGCUACAAUGGGUAUUUUGGAGAAAAUCUCGGAAAUAGAGAAAGAAAUUUCUCGGACACAGAAAAACAAAGCCACAGAGUACCAUCUGGGUUUGCUAAAGGCCAAGCUAGCCAAAUACAGAGCUCAGCUCCUGGAGCCCUCCAAAUCUGCGGGGCCCAAAGGCGAGGGCUUCGAUGUCAUGAAAUCAGGAGAUGCUCGUGUUGCGCUCAUCGGGUUCCCUUCAGUCGGUAAGUCCACCUUCCUCAGCUUGAUGACGUCAACAGAGAGCGAAGCUGCGUCCUACGAGUUCACCACCCUCACCUGCAUACCGGGCGUCAUCGAGUACAAAGGCGCCAACAUCCAGCUGCUCGACCUGCCGGGAAUCAUAGAGGGAGCCGCUCAAGGAAAGGGUCGAGGCCGACAAGUCAUCGCCGUCGCCAGGACAGCAGACGUUGUCAUCAUGAUGCUGGACGCCACGAAAGGAGAAGUUCAGAGAGAACUCCUAGAAAAGGAGCUGGAGUCAGUGGGCAUCAGACUUAACAGGACGAAGCCAAAUAUUUAUUUCAAGCCUAAGAAAGGUGGCGGCCUCUCUUACAACUCCACCGUUCCUCUCACUCAGUGCUCGGAGAAGCUCGUCCAGCUCAUCCUCCACGAGUACAAAAUCUUUAACGCGGAGGUGCUCUUCAGGGAGGACUGCACGCCAGACGAGUUCAUCGACGUCAUCGUCGGGAACAGAGUUUACAUGCCGUGCCUUUACGUGUACAAUAAGGUGGAUCAGAUCUCCAUCGAAGAGGUGGACCGCCUGGCACGCAGACCUCACAGUGUUGUCAUCAGCUGUGGAAUGAAGCUGAAUUUGGAUUAUCUCCUGGAGACGUUGUGGGAGUACUUGGCGCUUAUUUGCAUUUAUACAAAGAAAAGAGGAGAGCGACCAGACUUUGGUGACGCCAUCAUCAUGAGAAGAGGAGCUUCAGUAGAGCAUGUGUGCCACAGAAUCCACAGAACUUUAGCCAGCCAGUUCAAAUAUGCCUUGGUGUGGGGAACCAGCACCAAGUACAGUCCUCAGAGGGUGGGCCUAACGCACAUCAUGGAGCACGAAGACGUCAUCCAGAUCGUUAAGAAGUAAAGGACAGACUGGACAGAAAACGAACUGCGUAACAGCUAUACAGCAAAGACGAGUAGCUAGCCUUCCUAUUUUGUAUAUGAAACCUAACGGCGAAUGGAAGAAGAUGGGGGAGAAAUGUCGAGCAGAUUCUGGACACGGCAUGUAAGAUAAGGAGAGAAAUCGAUGGAAAUAAAGUCCAUAAAACAUUUUA